UGUGAUCCGGACAACAGCAGAACAGCAGUUCCCGAGCUGUCAGCCGAGGAAAACUUCCGACUUUGUGUGUGGUGGCCACAUUUGGGUGUGCGUGUGAUUGAGUGUGAUUAAAGCAAGGACUCUUGUCAAGAAUAAAAAGCAAACCUCAAGGAAAUCAAGAACCAUGAAUCGAAUCGUGUGUGCCGCAGUGUGCCUCAGUGCAGUGUGGGUGGCCAUGGCCGCCGGCGCCACCCCGGAGGAUUACCAAAGCCAAGGAUUACGUGCCAUCGUGCGGGUGUACGACGAGUGCUCCAAGGCCGAGUCCGGCUUCUCCCCCUGCCUCAAGAAACGCGCCAUCACCUUCAUGGACCGCCUCAGCCGCGUUGAGUCGCUCUCCCUCGGGGACAUGAAGGUGGUCCGGAACGAGCGGGCCGCCCCGCUGGACGCGAAACCCCUCACCGAGAACGAGCUCGAGCAGACGUUGCCCCGCGGGCUGGAGGCCCGGGACGAGGCGCUGACGAACAUCCUGCUCGACAAGGUCGCCUCCAUGUUCAGCAGCCGGACGGUGCAGAUCACCCUGCCGAAGCUGUCGAGCGACGAGCUGGGCCGCGGGCUGGAAGAAGGUCGUGGCAAGAUGAAGAAGAUGAUGAGCAUGAUGAUGAUGGGCUUCAUGAUGAAGAUGGCCGCGAUGGUGCCGGUGGCGAUCGCCGGACUGUACCUGCUCGCCGGUAAGGCCCUGAUCGUGUCCAAGAUCGCCCUGCUGCUGGCCGGAAUCAUCGGGCUGAAGAAGCUGGUCGCGAGCAAGCAGCAGGGAGGCGGCGGCGGCGGCUGGUCCAGCGGCGGCUCCGGCCACGGUGGCGGCUGGGACCGACGGUCGGCCGAUCUGGCGGCGUCUGCGGCGGCUCAGAACCUGGCCUACAACGCGUACGCCAAGAACCAGGCGUAAUUCCCCUUGGAAACCUCUGAGAAUCAACCAAACCCCCCCCCCCCCCCCCUGGAUCACAACUACGACGAGUUCUAACCCUUGACGCAAAAACGAAAAAGGGAGAGCCUUUCCACCCUGCCGAAAGUUUGAGGAAGAUUUAAAUUAUUUAUUUAUUUAUUUAUUUUAAAUUAUUAGCAAACACGCGCAGAAAACGCAGAUUCCGCAAACUCCGCAAAACUAAACAGUUCUCAUCUACUUCAAACAUUUGCCCACACCAAACCACAGUGUUAAACAUAACCUUCAAAACUCUCCAAAGCCGUCAACGCUUUCCAACUUGAUUAACCUCUGCGCAGCGAGUUCUUUCAACUUUCGACGAGUGGAAAACUUAUAAUUUUCGCAUUUUCCACCGAUUUUUCAUCUCAUUCCCCAUUGUCUACCUCCCCGCUCAACUUCCCCUUAACUCUGCUCUUGUGAGUUGUCUUCCAACCACCUCCCACAGCUGCCAAGCUGUCUAUUUCUUGCUUCUCACUGUCUUUUUUUUCUCUCUAACGCUAAUCUCCAUACAAUCACCACCUUCAAGCUCAACGACUUUCCGCCCCUCAACUUCGUAAUGACUUAUUCUAAAAUUUCGCAAGUCGCGUGCCGUGCGAUUUUGCACUGUUUUUCUCGCUUUCCCACCCGUGAGAGCAUUGUUUUCCCCCUUUAAUUUGCUCAUCUUUCACCUUUCUUUUCUUGCGCUAACUCUUUCUCUUUUCACUCCCAGUUGAGCUGCCUUCACCUUAACACGCCUCAUCGGAAAAACCUAUUGAUUUAAUUAACUUUUUGUGUUCCUUAACCGUUGUCUCCCUUUCUCUUUUCGAGGCAGUUUUUCUUGUCUAGCAUUUCGAGGUCCCCACACUUGGGGACAACCCCCCCUUUCUUUCAACAAAGCAAUUGUUGUAAAACUCUUUACUUUUUGACACUCUGGCACAACCUUAACUCUACCAAAAACGAAAACGGGUGUUGAAUGUUACGUCUCAAAACACUUGUCCACUGUCGUUGUUUUUCACGUUUCCCCUCUACAACUCUUGUUUUCUUUCUCAUCGUUUCUUCUUUCCCUCUUUCCUGUUUCUUCAAAACGUGCCAAGCUGUCAAAAAUGAAUCCCCCCAUCAGUCAUUUCCGGUCCUCAUAGGAUCCCCUCCCCCUACCGAAACUUCUUCUCAUUCUCUAGUUAAACUGGAAACCCCCUCCCAACCCAUCCUCCCAUUUCCCCUUAAUCUUAAUCAGCUAAACCUGUGUCGGGUUGGGGGUCUCUAACUGGACCCCCUCACCAAAACGGUAGCUGAAGCUAAAGCGUAUGUUAAAUUAACUAAACCAUUUCCCCCCUUAAACUUCCUCGUAAGUAAAAAAAAACGUAACUCACACACACUCGUGCCCUCCAGAAAAAAAAGGAAAAUAAAGCUAGAGAGGAGAGAUAUUUAUUCUUGUUGAUAGUGUGUAAGUUGUAAUGUUAAUGAGGGGAAAACCCCCCCGCGAGCGCGCGAGCAAAACGAAAAUUGUUGAAAAAACGAAAUAAACUGAAA